AUGGCUGAAGUCGCCGGGCUGGGCCUUGCAGUAUUUAGCGCCCUGGACACAUGCCUAAAGUAUGGACCAGUGAUUAUAAAGAAGUAUAAGGACUUCAAAGAAGCACAAAAUGAGAUCAAAGAACGAGUUACGUUUAUCGAAGCUACCUGGAUCAAGAUUUCCCAACAGUUAGGCCUUCUCAAACGCGUGUGGGAUAGCCUGGAUGAGGACUAUCGAGAUUUGCAAGAGCGAAUCAUUCGGAUUUUGCAGACGAAACUCGAAGCUGCCGUUUCACAGAUAAGCAAACUCGACAAGCGUGCUUUUAGCAUCCGCAGUGGACAAGAUAGACGAAAGGCAGCUAGAUAUUCCUUGGACCUUAAGGCAUCCCUUGAUAAUGCCAUCCAGGAUCUCCAAACUUGGGAGACAAAAUUCGAUCCCACCUGGUAUUUGAUUCUGCGUGGGACUGAUCCGACUAUCGACAACAACUUGGCCAAAUGCUCAGCCACCAAUACACUAUCACUUGCUCGGCAUAUUCGAGAUUCACUGCGAGAAAACCCACAACGCAAAGCCUCAAUAUUUCUCCCAGAAGACAAGCUCCUCUCUGCUCGGCGUUCGAAAAUCCCAUUGUCAACUUUCGAGAUUUGUGAGACCACAGACUCGAGCACAUUUAUCCUGGAUUCCGUGGAGUGCGACCCAUUGAAAGAUGCCUCUACAUUCGCCAAAGACGUUCGAGCGCUCGCGCAAAAGCUCCAAAGCAUCGAUCCAUUUCAAUUCAACCUCCUCGAUUGCAAGGGCGUGGUUCGCAUCAAAGAUCCGAUAAUCCAAAAAUCUGUUUCUUUCAACUUCAUUUUUCGAAUGCCAAAAAACCAUCAGAGACCCCGAAGCCUCCGGAGUCACCUCUAUGAACGAAACUAUUCUCUAAGCCAAAGAGUGAAUCUUGCGAAACAACUUGCCACCUCAGUGAAUUAUCUCCAUGUCUUCGACUUUGUCCACAAGGGCAUCCGACCCGAGACCGUCCUGAUAUUACAGGGCGAUGAAUCUCACUUCCUAAGCCUGUUCCUCUUAGGAUUCAAGACAUUCCGCACAGCUGAAGGCAAAACCAUGAGACUGGGAAAUUCUGAAUGGGCAGAAAAUGUCUACCAACACCCCGAGCGACAAGGAACGAGCCCCAUCGCAGAUUACAUCAUGCAGCAUGAUAUAUACAGUCUUGGUGUCUGUCUCCUCGAGAUUGGAUUGUGGGAAUCCCUCGUUACCCGUGAAGGCCACAUCAACCUUCCCUCUACCAACGAAGACAUUGACCCCUCAACUUUGGCCAGAGAUGGGCUGCUCAAGGAGCGAUUUACCGGAAUGGCCAAGGAGAUUCUGCCACACAAGAUGGGUGAGAAAUAUGCUCAGGUUGUUGUGAACUGCUUGACUUGUAUGGAUGAGACCAAUGAAGACUUUGGGGAUAUAAGUCAAUUUGAGGAUGAGGAUGGGAUUUUCAUUGGCGUCAAGUAUAUUGAGAAGGUAUGCAAUCAUUCUAAAGUUCCGAAAUAUUCAGGGCAGCGACUGACUCAUUUUGUGGCAGAUCCUUUUUCAACUUAA